AUGAAGACCUCACGCGCCUCUGCGGCAGUGGCCGCCGUCAUCAUCUCUGUCCUCGCACAGGUGUCUGAGGGGAAGAGCUGCUUCUGUGAUUUGAGGAACACUGGACUCACCUUCCCUGCGGACAGAUUACAGAACGUCCUGAACGAUGCCAGCGACUGUACCCACAGCAUCACUUCCCAGCGUAUGACAGACGUAGACAUUCUCCUAGACCAGCUGCACUACCGCCUCCAACAGUUACAGGACGAUGUGACCCAGCUGGAGCGUGAGGACGACGGGGAGCUGUACGGAGCCGUGUCCCUGCGCAUCAUUGAGAUCGAGCUGGCAGAGGUCCUGGACAUUUUGGCCAGACUCAACACCACUAACAUCGACCACCAGCGCCUCCGUUCAGGCUCCUCCGCAAAGCUGCAGCGCAUGAGCGAGGAGAUGAAGGCUCUGGUGAAAUUUGACCGCUCACUGGUGGUGCAGAAACAGCAGGAGAACCAACGGCUGACGAAGGAAUUGGCACAGUGCCAGGCUGAGCUGCAGGUGACCCCAGCCCCACCCUUUAUACCUCCUCCAGGAAACUGUCCCCAUGGUCACCUGCUGAACGUGACAGGUCCCAGGACUUACACCCUUACCGAAUACGGGACGUCCUACACAUAUGGUGCUUGGGGUCGUGACCCAAAGCCACCGGCAGGUAUGGAGGACUGGUAUUGGCUGGUGGUUCUGACCAGCAGCAGCGUCUACUCCAACUAUGUGCGCCAGUACAGCAGCCACAGCGCCCUCAUCGUGGGCGUUAGCGCCGGGUACGUCACCAUCGCCGCGAGCAACCCCACCACCAACACAAUACAAGGUCCCAACGUGGUUCUGUAUGGAGGUGCGCUGUACUACGGCUGCUACAACUCCCCGAAUCUCUGCCGCUUCAACAUGACCUCCAGAACCAUCACCACCGUCACGCUGCCAAACGCCGGCUACAACAGCAAGUUCAACUUCUGCCACUUGGACAGCUGCUACGGCUACACCGACAUCGACGCGACCACUGAUGAGUCGGGCCUCUGGGUGGUUUACUCGAACGCUGACAACUACGGGAAUGUCGUCCUGAGUGAGGUAGAGCCAAGCAGCCCCCCGACGCUCAUAAAUACGUGGCGAACCUCCCUGCACAAGCGCACCAUCACCAACACCUUCAUGGCCUGCGGGGUUCUGUACGCCACACGCUAUGUGAGCAAAGAGAUCGAGGAAAUCUUCUACGCCUUCGACACAGUCACAGGGAAAGAGAGGUAUGACCUGAGACUGCAACUCAAGAAGAUGUCCACCAACAUCCAGUCGCUGAAUUACAACCCCCUCGAUCAAAUGCUGUACGCGUUCAGUGACGCGUACGUUGUCUCAUACCAGGUCAUCUUUGGGUGAAUUACUGCAACACUGCUGCCCCAAGACCACAUAUGCCUACACCUGACCAAAACCCUGCCACAGUACCACACAUAUAUCUGAGCUGUACGUUUGAUCAUUUACAUGCAAAUAUCAUAUUGAUGCAAAUUAUAUUAAUGCAAAAAUACACACAUACAAUUCAGUUGCAAUUGCAUUGUCAAUAUACAUCAUAAAUGCUGUAUUCACACAUUUUUCACAUG